AUGGCGGAAAGUAGAAAUUCAAAUGAAUUGAUCGAAGAAGCUUGUAGGAAAUUGUCAGAGAAACUAAACUUCCCGUUCAAAUUAAAAACCGAGCAACGCAAUGCAUUGGAGUCACUGCUUAACGGGAAUGAUGUUCUUGCUGUUUUACCAACGGGAUACGGCAAGAGUCUGAUAUUUCAGUUGUAUAUUUUGGUUGCCCAAAUUGAAACGAUCAAAAGAACUGCUUUAGUUGUUUGCCCUUUACGAAGCAUCAUUGGCGAUCAAAUUGGCGAGGCAAGAGGUUUUGGUAUUUCCGUUGCAUCGCUAGCUGAUCUGUCCGAAGACGAGUUAAAAGCAAGUGAAUUCGAACUUUUAUUUGGUUCAGCUGAGACAGUUUUGGAUAAACGAUUCCUGGAUAUUUUAAAGGACCCCGACGCAUCGUUAAACCGCGUUUUGUCUGUAAUUGUCAUUGACGAAUCUCACACGGUGGAAAUGUGGACAGGACAAAGGUGUCGUUCUCGUAUUAUGAUACGUAAUAUAAUCAGUUUAAUUAAUACCUAAAAAAAAUAAAAAAUUGACAACCUUUGCUUAUGUUAUGUAUUAAUGUAAAUAAUUAUAGAUUUGUGUUAUUAUAUUUGUGAUUUUAUGUAUUUAUAGGUCAAGAGGAAAAAAUCUCAGCACCUCCGGUGGUGGCUUUCGUGAAGCAUUUGGGAAGUUGUCUACCUUACGGUCGUUUUGUAAGCAAG